CAAAUGGGUGUUUCCGAUUCAACCAAGCCUAUAUAUCAUGGCCGUGACAACGAAGAUAUUGAAGAAUUUCUUGAGGAUUAUGAAGCGUACGGUGCAUCAAAGGACUGGGACGAAGACAAGAUGAGACAAGUGAUAAGGCUCCAUGUUUCUGACGACCUAAAGCCCUGGAUACGUGAACAAAUAAAGGCCAAGAGUACGUGGGUCGAUCUGAAAGCCGCUAUUGUCUCUGGUGCUAAAGCCUCCUGUGAUGUUGAAGAAAAGUUGGAGCGGUUAAAGAAUAUAAAGCAAAAAUCAAACGACACUAUCAAGGCAUACACAAACAAGUUCGAUGCAUGUGCAGAAGUUGUGAAGAACAAUGUAAGAGGUUUAGAAAAAAGACAAUGGUAUGUUCAGGGGUUAAGGGAACCUUUCAGAGAAAGAGUUGAAAUGCAAUGCCCCGAAACGUAUGAUGAUGCGAAAAAAUGGGCUUUAAAGGUGGAAAAAUAUAGUAAGGACAAUGAAUAUGUAGUAAGGAACCCCACCCGAUCCAUAAACGAAGAAUCAAACAUAACCAAAUCAGACGUGGAUGACCUUGCUUCAGCUUUUGGUGCUUUAAAGAUUUGCCGUGUUGACCAAAAUCAAGAUCAAGACGACCGAAUAGGUAAAAUGGAAUCAAGCAUCAAGGAAUUAACGAAGGCCAUCUUGGAUCUUAAAGAAAAUAGGGAACCUCCCUUAUACCGUAACCAGAGAACUCAAAAUCAGCGGCCCGGUAACCAAAAUCAAACUAUCCGAUCUCGUAGAUGUUACCAAUGUGAUCAGGAAGGUCAUCUUUCAAGAGAUUGUCCUACCAGAGCACAACAAACCCUACCUGAUAAUCAAAGGAAUGUGACGAGAAAUAACCAACCUGAUGGUCCCGAGGUUAGAGGUAUGAAUAUACGUUACCUUGAGGUUACAGAAUCGAUAAAGGAUGAAGGUGAUGACUAUCUAAGGAUUAAGUUGGAAGAAGGGGAAUCAUUAUUUGAUGUAAGGAACCUAGGUAAAAGGAGGCGUGUGGAGGAUGAACACGAGAUGCCUUCAUGGGCUCAAAAGAGCACCUAUAAUGAAAUACCCGAAGAAAUUGACCAGCACAAAAAGGGAUCGAUAAUGUAUAUCCCGAUCUCUGAGCUAACGGCCGAAUUGGACAUUUUGAAAACUAUAGCGUCGCUCGAGCUUCCAAUAACCUUAGGCCAACUAUUCAAAUGGUCUCCCAAAGCUAGAUCCGAGGUGCUUAAGGCAUUAACUAGGAGAAAGAAAGAAAGCGACGUAUUGCUAGUAAACGCUGAGGUCAGAAUUGUAAAGGGAGCACAAGCCGGUAUAAACCUAAAACUAGGAAAUGUUCCUGUCAGUAUGGUCAGAAUAAAUGGUGAAAUAACCGAAGCUCCAAUUGAUCCUGGUUCAAGGUUGAACCUCAUGCACGAGUCUUUUGCCAGACAGAAAGGGCUAUCCUGGAAACCUGUGACGAGCAAAGGCCGAAUGGCCGAUGAUCGCUUAAGCGAAUUUGUUGGAUAUAUUCCAAACAUGAAAGUAGUAAUUGAAGGAAUUGAGGUUAUUCAGGGAUUCUAUGUAAUGAAAGCCGCAAGCUUUGAAGUACUUCUGGGAAUGCCUUGGUUAGCCGCAGCUAGGUGUAACCUAAAAUGGAAAAAUAAUAAACUGUGGUGCACAAUUGGGUCUGACUAUAAAAAAGCUUCGUUCAUUGCAUCGGUGGUGCCCAAAGAUUGGAUCAACUUAUCAGGAUAUGACGACGAUGACAAUGAAGAAGAUGUGGACGAUAUAAUGGCUGUGCGAAGGAUUGAAAUCCAAGAACAUGAAGCUGGUAACGAGGAUAGGCGACAAAAUGAAAGGUUGAAGGAUAUUGUAAAGCAAGCAAGUAAUUCAAGCAAACUCAUCAUAAAAGAGAUUGAAGCCAUGGAUUCACGUGAUCUAAUUAAGAAUAGCCAUUUUGGACAAAUAAUUUAUUGGUCACGUGAGAAUGAACAAGCCGACGGUACAAUAAGAGGAUUGGACAUGGAACCUGGAGUUGUGAUGCGUUUAACGAAAGAAAAUUGCAAUGAACUGAACAUUGGAGACACCAUUUCGAUGGAAACAAGAAAAUGGAUUGAGGAAGAAUUGAUGAACAAAACCCCAAAUGUAUUCGCGUUUGAUAUGUCGGAAAUAGGAAAGACCAACCUGAUCCAGUAUGAAGUUAGAACCGGUGGAAAAGAGGUCCCACCAAUGCGUGUACGUCCAAUACGGAUAAACAAUCCAGAACACGCUUAUAUGUUCGAAUGUCAACUGAAGGAUAUGAUAAGAUAUGGACUUUUAGAAAAGGGUAUGGGCCAAUACGCCUAUCACUGUUUUCCUGUCAAGAAAAAGGAAAGUGGUACCGACAAGCUACGAGUGGUUGGUGAUAUGCGGCCACUUAAUAAACAUAUAAUUAAGGAUGGGUAUCCCCUGCCAAUAAUACGUGACAUCUUGGAAAAGGCCGUAGGCCAUGACUGGUACUCCAGUGUGGAUGCUUACAAGGGCUAUUGGCAGAUACAAAUUCGUGAUGAGGAUAAGGACAAAGUAGCUGUUGCUACCCCUCUAGGCGUACUACGUUAUACUGUCAUGUGCAUGGGUCUUAAAAACGCUAGCGAAACAUUCCAACGUUUAAUGGAUAAACUGCUUGAAGGAGAUGAAUGGAGACAUAUUGCUGCGGCAUAUCAGGACGAUAUAGGACUUUGGACCCAGGGGACGAUUGAAGAGCAUGUUGACAAAUUUGUCAAACUCGCGCAGACAUUUAGUAAUGCCGGUCUUACCUUCGCUGCAAAAAAAUGCCACCUACUUUAUAAAGAGCUAAAUAUGUAUGGCUUUAUUGUUGGAAAAGAGGGCAUAAAGCCUGAUCCAACUCGUAUAAAGAAAAUUAAUGAAUGGAAAGCCCCUGAAAAUGUCCGAGAUGUUCGUGUGUUUCUGGGUACUAUGAAUUAUUAUCGCCGAUUUGUGAAGAAUUUUAGUGCAAUUGCAAAGCCGCUGACUGAGUUAACAAAAAAGGACGUUAAAUUUAAGUGGACAGGUGAAGAAGUCGAAGCGUUCCAACUGCUUAAGCACAAAAUGAUCCACGACGUAAUGCUAAAAGGACCAAACUGGCAGGACGCCAAGAAUGGAAGUAAACCCUAUCAAAUGAGUACCGAUGCCUGUGAUACGGCAUUGGGUGUUGUCUUAGAGCAAGUAGAUGAUCAGAACAAGUUGCGCCCUGUAACAUUUGAGUCUCGAAAAUUGAACUCCCAUGAGGUGAAUUAUACUGUAACCGAAAGAGAGUGCUUGGGUGUAGUUUUUGGCUGCAACAUGUGUGAGAGAUACGUGGCUGGAACGAUGUUCGACGUAUGGGUUGAUCAUCAAGCCCUGGAAUGGCUUUUUAAUAAGGCUUUGUUGAAAGGACGUUUGAUGCGUUGGGUAAUAGCUCUACAAACCUUCGAUUUUAAGGUACACUAUAAGCCCGGUAAAAAGCAUGGCCAUGCUGACGGAUUGUCUCGAUACCCUGAACCUGUGGCGCCUGGGAACAGACCGCUAGAUGAAAUAUAUGUGGAUUCCUUGUUGUUGCGAGUUGAUAAUGAAACUGAUCGAAGUAUAAAGGAUUUGGGGUUAGUCAAAUACUAUUUGGAAAAUAUGCGCUGGCCACUUGGUGUGUUAAAAGAAGACCUUCCCCGACUUCAAAGUAAAAUCCGCAAGUUCUGCCUAAUAAAUGGACAAUUAUUUAGGAGGUCAGGUGCUGGAAAACCACCACGUAGAGUACUAUUGAACGAUGAUGAAAAGGUUGAGAUAAUGAAGGCGAAUCACGAAGGACUUGCCGGAGAAGGUGGACACCGUGGAAUAAAAGGAACGGUUAGAAAAAUCUUGCUGAAUUACGUGUGGGGCAAUGGUAACAUAUACAGCGAUGUGAAGAACUAUGUAUCAUCUUGUUUAGUAUGUCAAAUGUGUGCUAGUAAACAACUUAAGGAACCCAUCCACGUGAUCGCCACUAGUUGGAUAUUUCACAAACUUUAUGUUGAUUGCAUUGGUCCCUUGCCAAGAACUUCCGCAGGUCAUGAGCACAUAGUGGUCGCCGUUGAAGAUUUAACUGGGUAUAUAGAAGCACGUGCUCUGAGAAGUAAAAAUGCCAAGUCAAUUGCUACAUUUUUAUGGGAAGAGAUAAUUACCAGACAUGGCUGUUUCGCCGAAUUAACUUCAGAUAGAGGUACUGAGUUUAAAAACAAUAUAAUGGAAGAACUAACGGCUCGAUUACAGGUGAAACAACAGUUUACUGCUAGUUACCACCCCGAAGCAAACGGCAGGGCCGAACGCACCGUGCAAAAACUUACCAGAAUUAUUAGGAAGGUUAGUGCGGAAGCCCAAAACCGAUGGCAUGAGCAUCUACGUGCUGCAAUUUGGGCUCUUAAUGUUACAGUAAGCGAAUUGGGCUACUCACCUUUUAGGUUAAUAUAUGGCCGAGAUGCGAUAAUGCCGGUUGAAUUGACACUUGAAAGUUACCAAGUUUUCAUGGCCAAACAAGGUUGGAACACCGAUGAACUGUUGGCUUUUAGAACGCUACAAAUAAAAGGGUUAGUUACUGAACUAAAAGAAGCAAAAGCAAACCGUGAUGAGCUUCAUGAACGAUGGAAGAAAUUUCACGAUCGACAUGCAAAUGAGAAUAAGGAAAAGAUUGAAAUUGGAGAUCUAGUACUUGUAUACGAUUCAACGUUGGACAACACUCCCCGUAAAUUAGAUUAUAGAUGGGUUGGUCCGUAUGUGGUAAGAAGAGUAGGCCAAAAUGGCCACCUGUAUCUGAAUGAAAUGGAUGGUAGUGAGCUGAAGGAUCCUUUUACGAGGAAUCGGGUUAAAAGGUUAAAGCAAAGAGAGGCAUGGAUAGACGAAAGCCAUAGUGAAGGGUGUGUAGACUUCGAGGACGAAGAUCUUGGGGGAUCUAGCUCCUGUCGUGCUGUGGACCAGUACCCUGUAUACUAUGUUCGUGGAAUGUUGGACGUUAUAGGCUUGGACUUUGAUCGUGAACUGUGUUCACGAUAUCACGUGACCACGUGA